UCUGGUUUGGAAAUUUACCGCGAAUUGUGUUGAAAAUGUGAAUAAAGAAGUGUUUUUAAACGCUUUUGUUGACACCGCUAGCUAGUGUUGUCAGGUUGGAGCCCAAACGGCUCAGUGCUCCCUACCGAGGUGCCCUACUACAGAGUGCUAAUGAACAGCUGAUGCGGCCUGUGUAGUAGUGCACUAUGAGAUAAAACAGCGCUUUUCAGGAUACAGCCUGUGUAAAGCUAAUCAAGACAUGUCCGGUGUGUGAGAACUCUCAGAGAUGGAGACGAGUGCCAUAGAUGAGCUUUAUGGUGAUCUCGGUGUGGGCCAGUGUGAUUCUGUCGUGAAUUGUGAUGAAGACUCUGUGGAUAUAUACUCAGGACUUGAGGACAGCCCCAAGAAAAAGAAAGACAAUGGCAAAGACAGCACUUUUCUUUCACCGGAUAGAGUGAAAGAAUCGUUGGAUUUGUACGAGGAACUCAUUACCGAAGAGCAAGAGGAGAAAGACGCAACCUAUAAAGAGUUGAAAUGUAAAUAUGUUGCGGCGCAAAACCAAGUGCAGGAUUUGUCUGCAAAGUUGCAGCAGAUGCAAACGAAGAACUCAAGUUUACACAAAGAGAACACUCUGCUGAAGAAAAACAUAUGUUCACUUAUCAAAACCGCUAAAAUGGAGAUUGUUCGGAAGGAUGAGGAGAUAAGCAGAUUAAGCAAAAGAUGUUCCUGCAGAUUAAUUCGAGGUAGUUUCCAUCCAUCUGUGAAAGAUCUAGGCCAAGAUGCCUGCAACAGGAGCUUGACAAGUUUGAACAGCUCUGCUGGUCCUGUAAGGGAGUCUCAGGAUCUUAAAGGAUUAGCAGGGGUGUCACAGGGUAGACCGUUAAAUCAGUCUGGUGAUUCAUCCUCUGUAGAUGCCACACAAUCAUCGUUUGCGGUGCUCCAAAGAUGCACCAAGAGCAGCCUUGAGAAUGCUUUAACUCAGCCAAACAAGGACUGUCACGGUUUUAAUUUGCUGCUCAACGCCAAUGCCCAGGGUAACAGAACAUCUUGUAGAAGGGAAAGGGAAAGCACGAACUCUGAGAAUAGCACCAGACAGAACUUUUGCAAUGAAACAGACCGCAGGAAAGGAGAGAAGCAAUCUGGGAAAGAGAGUACCUCAAAAGAGAAGGACAUAUCAGAAAGAUCUCAAACCGCAAUGGAUAGAAAGCAAAGGGAAUCUGUCAAAAGCAGUUGUGGAUCAGGCAAUGGCCGUCAACAGCAUGACGAUCCUGUAACAGCCAGGAGAUCUGGCCGCUCAAAGAGUCCUUCCUGUUAUCCACAGCAUGCCUCGUCAUCUCCACCCGAUUCCUCCCGAUCGCACGUGGACACCCAGAGCAGGAAAGACGAAUUCCGGAAUAAGCAAGGACAGGAAAGACAAAGCAGACAUACAGAAGUGUCUGGCAGUAGAAGUGAGAAGAGCAGUUCGGACAAGUUGCACCAAAAGACAGAGAACAGAGGAACAAGGGAGCAUCACAGAAAAGAGGAGAGGAGGCAAGACGGUAUGAGUAGCUCGGAAAGGAGACGCACCAGAAGUGACGGAAUCAAGGAGUAUGAGCAUAGGAGGACUCAAAGUGAAGAAAGAUAUAGACCAGAUGAAAAGCAUAACAGUCGAGGAGAAAGAAGAAGCUCCAGGUCUGAAACUAGCAAAGAACACGAGCGAUGGAGUGCCAGAGAUUCAGGUACCACGAGGGGGGUGGGGAAUAAAGUUGACAAAAUACCUGUCAACGAUGGAAAGGAACGAAGCCGCACUGACGUACGUGAAAAUAGACGGCAUGCGUCGCCUGGUAAACCUCAUCAUGGUGCUCAAAAUCUCAGAAAAGAUCAAGAUGACAAAAGGAGAACGUCUGGCAGAACUGAAGAAUCAUCCCGGAGCAAAGCAUCAAGCAGUCAUGAUAAUUCGAGAGGUGACCCCGCUAUAAGUUCUGAAAGACAUGGUGUCAAAGAGAGGGAUGAUAAAGAAAAACGAAUUGGUACUCCAGACCAAGGAUCAAAGGACGCUCUGGAUAAUGCAAGGAUACCCAAAAUAAGUGAGGAUGGGAACGUUCAAGCAGACAGCCUCGCGAAUGCAAGAAGAAAAUCUCCUCCAGUAACGGUAACCAACAGCUGUGAUAGUUCUGCCAUGCAUGAAGAGAGUAGUCCAAAAAGAAAAUUGACCUUUAUGGAAAUUCUGAACCUGACUGUCUCGCCAAAUAAAAGGCAAAACAACUCGGAACAAGCAAAAGAACCAAUUCUGCCACCUCCCGAGGACACCCUUGUAAGCAUCUCGCCUGAGGACAAAAGUUCGUUGGAUGUUGGAGAAGAGUUCUGUGUCAUUGAUGAUGCUUUGGAUGACUCCAUGGCACCCCUUACCGCUACAACCACACAUCCCUGUGAUGAUGAACCACCGGCUAGCCUGGAAGGAAAGGGAAAGGAACUUGAAUUACCCAAAAGUCUUGAUGGUGACCUGAGUGAAACUCGGCCAAUGGAUGGUACAGAUUCAGAGAUGCAGGAAUGCGAAUCUGUUACAAAAGGAGAUGAUUCAGAUGUACGUCCUACGAGUAUUUCUCAGAAAAGUGUGGCAGAUAAGACUGCUGUUCCUGAAGUUUCUUUACUCCCUGAAAGCGCUAAACCAGUUGACAGUUCCUCUGUUCCUUUAACUGAUGUUGGCUGCAGAGAACAGGAUUCUCAGGCUUCUGUGAAGAACGCCAAGGACGAGAGAAGGAUCGGUACUAAGAAUUCUAAAGAAGAGGGCCAAACGCAUGACAAACCAGAAGCAUCGGUUCAAAAUGAAACAUCUCAGCAGGAAGUCGUCACCUCUGUCAAGGCAACUACUACAGCCAAGGCUUGUUCAAAUACGGACCCCUUUGUGUCUCUGGAAGUUGUUUCGAGCACUGUCAAUGUGGAAAAUAAUCACCAAAGAAAAGAAACAGCAGCUGUUUCAGACACAGAAAUGACACAAGGCCUUGAGAAUCCGGAUCCUUGUCCAGGUCCACGAGUAGGGCCGAGCACUGAGGCGAUUAACAUCAACACCACAGCCCAAGAGGAGGAAAUACCGCUUGAACAAGCGAGCUCCUCUGAGCCUGACUCCACAGAGAACGGGAUGGACAUCUCCAGGCCUUCCCGGUCUGUCUUGGUGCCUCAUGAUGAAGAUUCCAUGAUGCUGACCCUGAGCAACAUUAAAGUAAUUCCAGAACCCAUCAGUCCUCUUACGAGUCCAGUACGGCAGAUAAAGAAAUCCCAGCAGCAGCGCUUGGGAAAGGAGCAACAUGUCAAAAGUCUCAGCAAAGAUUUCUCUACCUCAGCAACCGUGGCAGAUAAGGAUGCAGUCAAGAUGGACAUGAACAAAGAAAACAAGAGACCCCAUUCCUUAGUCAAGCCUACUGUGCAAAAAGACCAGCAAGAAGCUCUUUCCUCUACCGCUACUGAAGAAAGCUUGGAAGAAGGGGAAAUUAUCAGUGAGAGUGAUGGGGAGGGUACUCUGGUCAUUCAGAGUCCUCCAAAUGAAAAAAGAUCAAGUUUAAGAAAUCAGCCUAGUCCCAGAUCACCAAGGUUACACAAACAAUCUCAAACGCGACCUGCUGUUACUCCCAGCUGCCCAGAACAAGAGAAAAACACGACAUCUAAAGACAGUCCUUCUUCAAAUAAGAGGCGUUUCAAAACAGUUACUGUUCCACCCAAGGCGAAAGUUUCAACCACUGCUGAAUUUAUGAACAUGUUGUUAUUUAUACGGUCAGAGCUGAGACGAAAGUACAUGAAACUUCAUAAAAAUGUCACCAAGCCAGCUUUUUGCUGUAUCGUUGAAAUGUCUCAGGCCUCUUUCACAGAAUUCAUUGACAGCAUUAACUUUGACAAAUUUUGCAGUCAAGGAAAUGAAAUCAAACCUCGGCUCAAUAAGAUCAUUGCUUCUAUCAUGAGCAAGGUCUCUAACAAUGGCAUUGUGAACCGGAUCUUUGAGCAACGAGCCGAAGACCUCAAGCAGAAGUUGUGGAACUUUGUCGAUGGCCAGUUUGAUUUCCUGUUUAAGGAACUAAAAGCAGCACUGAAAGGUGCUCCAGAUCUUUCCAAGAAUAAACCAUCUUUAGAAAGUAAGCAGUCAAAUCCCAGGGCAAAAGAGGAUUUGAAUGUGGACGUGUGCAAGCUACAAUCAAAAGAACCUUUGAGUACAACCGAAAACAGACCACAUAAAAAAUCUAAGGGUGAAGUAGAAAGCAAGGGCCAAAAUGUCCAGGAGAAGAUCACUUGUUCAGAUAGUUUGCCAUGUAGAACUAGAGGCCUUGGCAGUAGUGGUAAAAACAUAAAGGCAACCAUGGAGGAAGGGGACAAGCUACCAGAGGUACCCAAACCUCACCAGUCUGAUCAGCUACAAGCGGUUUCGUCCUCUGAGAAAUCUGUCCAAGAAAGUGUCCCUGCACACGAGAACAAAACCCCCAACUAUACCUGCCGUCCUUCUCACAGUGGCUCGAUACAAGAGAAGGCAGACUUUGAAAUUCUGACCGAGCAGCAAACAUCAAGUUUGACCUUUAAUUUGGUAACUGAUUCCCAAAUGGGAGAUAUAUUCAGAUGUCUCUUGCAAGGGUCCGAUUUGCUAGAGACUGGUGAUAAUCAAAACUGGCCACUCAACACUCCACGGAAAGAAGGUCAAGCUGGAGAGAAUCUCAUUGGGGUCAUGACACCCAGCAAGAUGAUCACGCCAUCGAAGCUCAUCACGACAUGGACGCCCGUUUCACCUUACAAGUUUCAAAUGUCAUUAAACCCAGCAGUCCUUGACGAAAACUGCAUGAUGGAAGUCCCGUCUAAUGCUCUUUCUAACCAGUCUACCCCUGCUGUAGCCACAGCGAGUUCCCAACAGCCUUUCUCUAUUUUGGCUGAAGAUUUGGCCGUAUCGCUUACCAUUCCUUCACCCUUAAAGUCAGAUAGUCACUUGAGCUUUUUGCACCCAUCUAGCAGACAGCCAUUGUCCACACCAAGCAACGUCAUCAGCGCCCACUAUAGCGAGGAUGCGCUUCUUGACGGAGAAGAUGCCACUGAGCAAGAUAUACACUUGUCUCUUGAAACGGACAACUCCAGCAGUCCGUCAAAUACCAGUGGAAAUUGGGAGGCUACAAAUCCAGCAGUGUUCCAGAUCAAACCAAACAUGCCUAUGCAGGCAGAGGUGAUGGAGAGGUCCAAUGAUCACUUUAUAGUCCGGAUCAGACAUACAUCUCCUGAGGUACAAGAGGAACCCAAACAGGAGGAGCACAAAGAAACGCUGCCAGCUGCAGAGGUCUUGUCUUCACAUACGUUGGAUCGGAGUCCAUCCUUGGCAAGUCGGUGUCAGGCCACCUCAAAUGAAGGAAGUGAAGUUGGAACAUCGAGCAAGAGCAUCUCAAAUGGUGUCCUUUCAGGAGGCAGUACAGUCAGCUUGCCCAAAACCAUUAAGAACCUGAUCAACCACAUUAAUGGUGGUGCUGAUGCCACUGGAGUCACUGCUGCCACGGAAUCUGAGCAUGAGGUGAAGAAUGCACAUUCCAGGGUGUCCAGGAAGCGUAAGAAGCAUCGUUCAGGGUCAAAAGCCAAACGUUCUCGAAGAGACACAUCAGAAGGCAAACAAGAAAAGCAAAGGCACAAAAAGAGGUCAAAAUCAUCUAAGGAUAACAAAGAGAAGACUCCUUCAAAGAAGAUCAAGGUACCAUCUCCUCAAUUAUCUCCCAGCAGUCUCUCUGCCAAGAACGUCAUCAGGAAAAAAGGAGAAGUGGUGGUGACCUGGACCAGGGAGGAAGACCGAGAUAUUCUUGUUGCACUGAAAACGAAAGGCGCUUCUUCCCAAACAUUUGUUGCUCUGUCAUCCAAGUUAAGAAAGUCGCCAACACAGAUUGAAGAACGGUUCAGCCAGCUCAUGAAACUCUUUAAGAAGAAAGAGAAAAUGGAGAGCUGAGGCUUCAGGAUAAUGGCUAACCCUUUUUUUUAUCUUGGUACCACAUGCGGGCAAAGAAACCAGCAAAACAUUCUCGUCACUGGAUUUUGACAAACUGGAGGGUUUUUUUCUCAGUGUUAUUUUAAAAAAAGGAAGCACUGCGAAAUAAUCUAGGUCAUGAUGUUAAAUUCUAUGCAUCAGCCGCCAAAAUCAAAUCGGUGACCGUUGAUGGCAUUUAGGUCAUCACAACAAUUUGCAUCCAUACGUUUCACUUGGUGCCAUUUUCUUUAACAGAAGGUGGAAAUCGGCUGUCCGAGAGGCACAACAACGAACAAGGUUAUUAACAGCAUGAUGUCUGAACUGAACCUGAGGUGAUUUAUUGGUUUUCCAUUAAAGACACUGGUGUCAUUUUGGCGUAGUACCAUCUACCUCAAAUAAAUUUGGAAUAAGCAGUAAAAGGUAUGUGGUGGAAAGACCUGUCAGACCAUCUACCUGUUCUCCAAUAUAAAGUUUAGUGGCAGCGUACAGUGUUAAUUUUUUUGAGUCUCGCCACUCUGCAUGACCAUGCAGAACUUGGUUCCUUUUGUUCAUAUAUAGUUAUGUUAAAAUAUCUUGGUGAUCCAAAUACACAGUAAUUCAAAUCAAAGCGGAGCAGAGAGUUAUCUCAAAGUCUCCAAAUAAACAUCCAUCUAUUAUCCGUAACUGUUUAUGCUAUGCAGGGUCGCGGGCAAGCUGGAGUCUAUCCCAGCUGACUGUGGGUGAGAGGUGGGGUACACCCUGGACAAGUCACCAGAUCAUUGCAGGGCUGACACAGUGAUCAAUUUAGAGCAACCAAUUAGCCUAACCUGCAUGUCUUUGGACUGUGGGGGGGGGAACCCAUGCAGACACGAGAAGAACAUGCAAGCUCCACACAGAAAGGCCCCUGUCGGCCACUGGGUUCGAACCCAGAACCUUCUUGCUGUGAGGCGAUAGUGCUAACCACUACACCACCGGGCUCCCCAAAAUAAACAUGCAUUCAGUUAUUCAAGAGAAUUCACUAGAUUCUUUAAUCGUUGAACAGAUUGGUUUUUGUCUAGGUUUCAUUGUCCUGAACUCCAGGAUUUUCUUCUCUCAGAUUAUCUCAACGCCUUGUAUACAUGAGAAAUGUGAGAGUUGUUGGAAAGCUUUUAUUUCUUAAGUUUCUACCAUUUAAUUUUGCCCUGGAUGCAGAAAUUGCAAGACAGCCUUCUCUCAAAAUUCUUGUUUGAAUAAAUAUACUGUAAAUAUUGUAAAAUGUAGGACACUUUUUUUUUUUUUUUUUACU